UCGUGCCUUUCGAAAAAAAAAACACUGCCCACUUGUAGAAUAUUUCAACAGUUCUUGAAAACGAGGAACACAAUGUUUUAUCUUAUUAAGUUGCACAUUUAACCAUGCCAGUCAAGGAACUAGCCCAGCAGCAUCGUUUAGUUAGAGGCACUCGGGCAGAGGGGGGGCAAGAGGACUUAAAAGUCUGUCCACGCGCUGCCACCUCCGACUGUACCUCAAGAUGAACACUGAGAACCCGACUUCCUCGCAGAGACUGCUGGCUGAACUGAACAACAUAACGUGGAACCAAUUCACAGGGCUCCAACUGUUGCAGUCCUUUAAACCUCUGAUAAUUCCUUGCUAUUCCUUCGUCGUUUUCAUCGGCAUAUUCGGAAACUAUUUGCUCAUCUAUGUAAUAUGCAAGACCAAAAAGAUGCACAACGUAACGAAUUUCUUAAUCGGUAACCUAGCAUUUUCUGAUAUGCUUAUGUGUGCCACCUGCGUGCCCCUUACUUUGGCUUACGCUUUUGAGCCACGGGGAUGGAUUUAUGGAAUAUUUAUGUGCUAUUUUGUGUUUCUUAUGCAGCCUGUAACAGUUUUCGUAUCCGUUUUCACAUUGACCGUAAUUGCUGUAGAGAGGUACCAUGCUACUGUUUACCCAUUGAAGCGACGUCUCACCAUACCCACCUGCGCGUACAUCCUGGCCGCUAUAUGGCUGCUUUCAUCUUUGUUGGCGGCUCCAGCCUUGGCUCACACUUACCACGUCGAUUUCCCAGAACUUGACUUCUCUAUUUGCGAAGAGUUUUGGGUAGGAAUGGAAAAGGAGCGCCUGGCUUAUGCUUAUAGCACGCUUAUCCUUACGUACGCCCUUCCUUUAACUGUGAUCUCCUUAUCUUACUUGAGAAUCUCUGUCAAACUAAAAAACCGAGUUGUACCAGGCAACAUUACGCAGAGCCAGGUGGAGUGGGACCGAGCUAGAAGAAGAAAAACUUUCCGUUUGUUGGUGUUGGUCGUGGCUGCUUUUGGUAUUUGCUGGCUGCCGCUGCACAUUUUCAACAUGAUGAAGGACAUGGAUAUCAACCUAAUUGACAAGCAGUACUUCAAUUUGAUUCAGCUUCUUUGCCACUGGUUCGCCAUGAUGUCAGCGUGUACCAAUGCUAUUCUUUAUGCUUGGCUUCAUGAUAAUUUCCGAGGGAAAUUGAAGAAGAUGUUUGCCUGGCCAAAGAAGAAGGUAGCACCAGUUAACAACUGUGUGAUGACAAGUGUCGUUCUUUAGACUCUUCUAUACAAAGAUUGCACGGGACCUGUAUCAAAUUGCAUAAUUAAUUACAAGUCUGUAAUCCUUUCUGGGUGCAUUAUUAGUUCCAAGAAGGUUCUAAAUCAUACGUGGAGUUAAUUGUCAGACAUUCACAUUAAUAUGCUUUGUGAAAACAUUAUUAGCUUUAUCUUCAUUGUUCUGUAUUCAUAAGUUUAGAAAUGUGCUGAGGUACAAAUCUAGAGGUUAACGUUGUUUUAGACAUUUUGUGAUCCAGGUGUGUAUAAAUAACAAUGAAAUAACUACUAGAAGGCUUUUCGGUUUUCGGUAACGGGCAUUUCACCAGAUGUAAACAAAAUACGCAGAUGCAAUGCGAUUAAUUUGCAGUUUGUCACAAGCGUUGUAUUGUUAUUAAUCCUUAUGACACAAAGAUGCCAUGUACUAAUUUAUAAUCCAUCAAUUAUUAGCUUCCAUAUCAUUGGUAAGUAAUAACUUAUUGUUGAAUUUCGGAAAGGUCUCCUGCUCCACCGUGAAAAGACAUGUUUAUCAUAUAUGGAUAAUGCAUUCGGUUUUGGUCAGUUGUACUUCUGCGGUACUACCAUUGAAAUCAACUCGAAUUCAGCACAUUGGACAGCUCCUUCACAAAGAAAUUACACUAUCUUUAGCACAAUAAGAAUGCUUUUCAUCGAACUAGUAGGCUUCCAUAAGUUACAUGAAACAUCACGUCCCCUUUCUCCUCCAUGACUAAACAAUAAUUAGACAAAUCGCGUCUAUGAUGAUACAACUUGCUUCUUCUAUUUCGCGUUCAAAGUUAAGAUAUUGACAUAUCGCCCAGGCUAAUUUUGCAUAUUGCUUCGAAAAAUUAAACAGGUUAGCGUUAAAGGCUGUAUUCUCUUGGAGGUCGAUAGGUUUAUUUUUAAACACGUAUGUUUAUUAAAUAGUUUAAUCUUAUGUCUACGACGUAAUGGGGAAUGCAUUGCCUUUUUACUGUGCUAAGAAACUACAAGUUGAAGAAAUUACCACAGAGUGUAAAAGGUUUUAUAUAUUAGUACUUUUAUGAAUAUAUUGUGCAUCACAACACAGUGAUAACAGCAGCUUAUUAAGGUAUAAAAAUGCAAGACACCAACAUAUAAUAAGUGUGUAUCUUAGUACAGUUUGUAAAAUACUGAAAUGUGGCCUUCCUAAAAAUAUUACAUGCAGAGGCUAAUAAAAGAAACUCACAAAAUAAAGUCUCUGUAUAUUUGUGGGUUAAUCUUGUUUAAGUCAUGCCCGCUGUUAAAAUCUCAAACGAGGAAGGUUAUCUCCUUUAAAUAGAAAAUGAGCACAAUGCAAGUUUGGAUAUGUGACUAACAUUCCUGAGUGCUCUGUUUUAGUGGUGGCCCUGAAGGAUAUACUGUAAAGUAUUACCAACACUUAUUGAUUAGAUAAGAUAUUAAAUGUUUUAGGGGACUGUAUAUCUAACUUGUAAUGGGUGCCAAUAAAUGAAUAUGAAACCAAAAAAAAAAAUAGUUUAAAUAGGGAUGGAAAAGAAGUUCAAUUAAACAAAGUACUUUUGAAUAGAGACUGGUGAAGGAAGCAAAUUUUACUUACUCUUCAACCUAAUCCCUAUUUCAUAUCUUAACAGACUGACAAUAUACUGUACAGUAUGCAAUCAUAAAUGUAAGUUUGACAUGUUUCUUGUUUUUAAUAGUAGAAGAAUACACCUGGUGAGAAUUGUCAUAUACUGUAAGUCACAUUAGUGCACUUUCAAGAUAAAUGUUGAAUUUUGUGUAUAGAUUUUUGCCUUAUGUCACUAGCUUUUGUACUAUAUGUCAAAAGGUCAAUUUCUUUUUCAUGUCCUCUAAUAUUUGUAUCGCUUUUGAUUAAACACACAAACGGUGAAAACCUAAAUAAUGUCAUUUGCUCUGUUCUCAGUUGAAAUCUGUGCACG